CAAUGGAACACGUGGCAGUUGUAUUCCCCAUUCCAAACAAACAAGGAAACACGAGACAUCCGAUCCACCACGUCCACGAGACCCACAUUUCUGUUACCAAACUACUGCGUCCAAAAUCCACACACUCAGCGUGUUCCGGCCUCGCCAAUGGCUUCCAUGUCCUUCUCUUCAGUCUUCUCAGCGCCGCUGCAGAGUUUAGCUCUCAAUAAACAGCACCUCCCCUCCAAUUCCGUGCUGGCGUUUCUCGAAUCGUCGAAUUGGUCGAGUCUCAGCUCUUCGAAAUCCACGUUUCUUCGAGAUGGCUUCCCCGUUUUAUCCCCGAUUCUAUCUGGCUUCUCUUUCAAAUCCCGAUCGUUCGCCUCUGUUUACGCCAGAGCUGCUACGGGGAAGACCAUUCAUGAUUUCAGUGUCAAGGAUAUCGAUGGGAAGGACGUUGCACUUAGCAAAUUCAAAGGAAAAGUACUCUUAAUAGUAAAUGUUGCUUCAAGAUGUGGUUUGACGUCAUCAAAUUAUACUGAGCUUUCUCAUAUAUACGAAAAGUACAAAACUCAAGGACUCGAAAUUUUGGCCUUCCCUUGUAAUCAGUUUGGGGCCCAAGAGCCAGGAUCGAAUGAGGACAUUAAGAAUUUUGCUUGUACACGAUUUAAAGCAGAAUUCCCAAUUUUCGAUAAGGUUGAUGUUAAUGGACCAAAUACAGCUCCGGUUUAUCAAUAUUUGAAAUCCAGCGCUGGAGGAUUUCUAGGUGAUUUAGUUAAAUGGAAUUUUGAGAAGUUCCUGGUGGACAAAAAUGGCAAAGUAGUCGAAAGAUAUCCACCAACAACCUCCCCAUUCCAAAUAGAGAAGGACAUCCAGAAGCUUCUUGCAGCAUGAGUUCCACUUCCACCCACAUAUGUAUAGCUUGCUAUCCAUCACGUGCACUGCACGUUUGAGCACUGUAUUCUCUCUGACUCAAUGCUCUAUCACAUAUCGCUACUUUCGACUCAUUUUUACAGUUUUGACACUUUUUUCAAACAUUUUCAAUAAUGACUUUUGCUAGGUAACUAUCUCGACAGCUCCAUCCUUCUUAGUGAAAUUUGUUUUUGAAA